AUGGAUCAGACCCCAAAGCAAACUGGAAGUAGGCGUGCUGUGCCCAACAAAACUCAAGCUGCCCCAACCGACAGUGAGGAGUACGAAGUGGAGAAGGUGCUCAGCAAAAAGGUGAUCGACGGCACGGUGCAGUACCUGAUCAAGUGGAAGGAAGAGGAGGGCGGCGAAAAGUGGGAGAACAGUUGGGAGCCGGUUGAAAAUCUGGUUUCAUUUGAUGAGCUGAAGCUGAUGAGUGCUGCCAAUAUAAAGAAGGUCAAAGAGGAAAUUAACACCUGGAACGAGUGUUUCGUUCAGAAUCCAACUUGUGAUGAUGAGGAUGAUGAUGAUAGCGAUAACGACGAGGAUGGCGAUGGCAAAGACGGUAGUGCUGGUGGUGCUGGCCCCAGUGGCACCAGCGCCAGCGCCAGCAGCUCACACCUGAGCAAGAAAGCCAAGCUUUCCUAA